AUGAAUGGGGCGGGUCACGUGGGCAGGCGCGUUCCCACGCCCCCUCCGCUGGGUUCCGGGAUGGAGCGGGCACCGGGAGCGGGAUCGGGAGCAGGGCUGGGAUCGGGAUCGGGAUCGGGAUCGGGGUCGGGGUCCGGGUCCGGGUCCGGGUCCGGGUCCGGGUCCGGGUCCGGGUCGGGGUCUGGCUCUGGCUCUGGCUCUGGCUCUGGCUCUGGGUCAGGAUCGGGAUCGGGAUCAGGAUCAGGGUCUGGGUCAGGUUCGGGAUCGGGGUCGGGGUCGGGAGCGCGACCGGGACCGGGAUCGCUACCGGGGCGCUGGGCCGCCACCGCCUGCGUGGUGACGGGCGCUUCCCGCGGCUUCGGGCGCAGCCUGGCGCGGCUGCUGGCGCCGCAGCUCGGGCCCGGCUCGGUGCUGAUGCUGCUGGCGCGAUCCGCGGAUGCGCUGGCCGAGCUGGCGACCGAGCUGCGCGCCGGGGCCACUGGCAAUGGCUCCGGGUGCGGCACCGGGAGCAGCGAGCUGCGGGUGCAGUGCGUGCCCGCUGACCUGGGCUCCGAGGAGGGGCUGCGGAGGGCGAGCGCUGCCCUGCGGGAGCUGCUGCAGGACGCGUCCUUCGGCCGCCUGCUGCUGGUCAAUAAUGCCGGCUCCUUGGGAGACAUCUCCAAAUCCUUCCUGGACCUGACCGACCUGGAGGAGAUCAACUCCUACUUCUCCUUCAACAUCAGCUCAGCCCUCUGCCUGACCUCCACGGCCCUGAGGGCCUUUGGGGCCCGGCCUGGCUGCAGCAGGACCGUGGUGAACAUCUCAUCCCUGUGUGCCCUGGAGCCCUUCCCCAGCUGGGCCCUGUACUGCUCUGGCAAGGCUGCCAGGGACAUGAUGUUCCGUGUGCUGGCCCUGGAGGAACCCGGAGUGCGUGUGCUCAACUAUGCCCCAGGCCCCCUGGACACGGACAUGCAGCUCCUGGCCCGGAGCAGGACUCGGGACCCUGGGCUGCGCCAGCGCUUCCAGAGGCUGCAGGAGCAGGGCCAGCUCAUCCCGAGCUCUGUGUCAGCCCAGAAGCUGCUCCAGCUCCUGCAGGAGGAUUCCUUUCCCUCCGGAGCUCACGUGGAUUUCUUUGACAUCUGAGCCCCUCCACUUUUGCCUCCCUGCUUUGCUUCCAGCUGAGCCUUUCCCUGGUGCCUCCAGUGGGACCUUGUUCAAAUCCUGAGAUUUGGGAAGCUUUAAGGGUAUCUCUGUGUGCCUUUUUGGUUUCUGUGUGCCUUGUGGUGCCCUUUUUGGUCCCUGUGUGCCUUGUGGUGCCCUUUUUCAUCUCUGUGUGCCUUGUGGUGCCCUUUUUUGGGUUCUGUAUGCCUUGUGGUGCCCUUUUUGGGCUCUUUGUGCCUUGUGGUGCCCUUUUUGGGCUCUUUGUGCCCUUUAGUGCCCUUUUUGGUCUCUGUGUGCCUUUUGGUGCCCUUUUUCAUCUCUGUGUGUCUUGUGGUGCCCUUUUUGGUCUUUCUGUGCCCUUUGGUGCCCUUUUUUUGGCUCUGUGUGCCUUGUGAUGCCCCUUUUUGGUCUCUGUGUGCCCUUUAGUGCCCUUUUGAAACUGGGCAGCAGCUCCUGCUGCUGAGCCCUCACUGGCAGGGCUGCAAUCCCUCACUCCCAGGGAUUUGGGAUUUUUCCUGAUGGAAUUGCCCUGGAAGGCUCAAAUUCAGGAGUUUGUGGGAGCCAAAGGCCCAUGAGGGCUGUGCCAGCCCCACAGGAGCCCCAGCAGGAGCUGUGUCCCCCUGUGUCCCCCAAGGAGCCAUUCCUGGGCUGGGAUGUCCCCUGUGUCGUGUUUGAGGGUGCCCAGGAUGAGGGAAGAGAUGAGAAUCUUGAUUCCAUGUUUCAGAAGGCUGAUUUAUUAUUUCAUUAUAUGAUAUGAUAUAAUAUUAUAUGAUAUUAUAAGAAAAUUAUAUACUAAAACUAUACUCAAGAAAAGAGGAAGGAUACAUCAGAAGGGUAGAAAGGAAUAAUAUAAAUAAUAAAUAAUAUAAGAAAUAAUAAAAUUUUGUGGCUGACCAGAGAGUCCCACACAGCUAGACUGGGAUUGAUCAUUAAUUAAAAACAAUUCCCAUGAAACCAAUCAGAGAUGCACCUGUGGGUGAUCAACAUCCAGAGCACAUUCCAAGCAAUCAGAUAAUUCUUGUUUACAUUUAUUUCUGAGGCUUCUCAGGAGGAAAAUCCUGGCAAAGGGAUUUUCCAGGAGAUAUCAGUGACAAUCCUGGAUCCCUGGCUAUGUCCCUGUUCCCCUGGGGCUCCUGCAGGGCUGGGCUGGGUUCUGGUUGUCAUGAUCUGUCCUUACGAACGGGGUUCGUGAUGGUUUGUGGGGUGAUCUCAGGGUGCAAAAGAACCAACAUGGUACAAGGGGGUUUGCAGUGAUAAAACAAAUGCACCUUUAUUGAAUGACCACAGCAAAAUAGAGGGAUUAAGGGAGAGAAAAUGAUAAAGAGAGAGAAAAGAGAGAGUGAAAGAGGGGGAUAGAGCUACCAAACGUAGAGACGAAGUCCUUUGGUCCAGUCCAGUUCAGGAUCCGCCUGUUACAUCGGGGAGAUCUCAAAGUCUCUAACUCAGAGGUUUUUAUUAUGAUAACUCUAUUGGAAAUUGUGAGGGGGGAAACAGGUACAAUAAGGAAUUGAUGUAACAGGCAGUCCAUGCUCUCAGCAGUAAACAGAACCAUUGUCUUCUUGGUCCAGCAGUCACAACCUGCAGGCAAACAUCUCACUUUGGUCAGCUUUGGUCCCCCACACACCUCCCCGGGCUGGGGGUUUCAUGUCUCAGUCCUUGCAAGGAGCAGAGAGGCCUUUGCACAUGGGGUUCCAUGUCUCAGUCCUUGCAAGGAGCAGAGGGGCCUUUGCACAUGGGGGUUCCAUGUCUCAGUCCCUGAUGGAACAGAGGGGCCUUUGCACAUGGGGGUUCCAUGUCUCAGUCCCUGAUGGAGCAGAGGGGCCUUUUCACAUGGGGGUUCCAUGUCUCAGUCCCUGAUGGAGCAGAGGGGCCUUUGCACAUGGGGUUCCAUGUCUCAGUCCCUGAUGGAGCAGAGGGGCCUUUUCACAUGGGGGUUCCAUGUCUCAGUCCUUGGAAGGAGCAGAGGGGCCUUUGCACAUGGGGGUUCCAUGUCUCAGUCCCUGAUGGAGCAGAGGGGCCUUUUCACAUGGGGGUUCCAUGUCUCAGUCCUUGAUGGAGCAGAGGGGCCUUUGCACAUGGGGGUUUCAGUCCCAGCCCUUGGAAGGAGCAGAGAGGCCCUUUUCACAUGGGGGUUCCAUGUCUCAGUCCUUGGAAGGAGCAGAGGGGCCUUUCCACAUGGGGGUUCCAUGUCUCAGUCCUUGAUGGAGAGGCUCCUUCCAUCCCAGUCUGUCACGGUGGUUGUAAAACAGGUGAAGGUCUUCUGUGGGAGACCACCCGAAACUCAGGAGAAGUCCAGCCAGGCCGAGAGGUGGGAGAGCUUCCAAGGCUGCUGUUGCAAACGGGGCACGGUGCCCCCUUCUUCUUCUCAUUGGGCUCAGUGUAGCACACAGCAAACACACCUGUGAAAACAAAAGCUUAACACUGAGCUCUCAGGUCUCAGGGCCUUUGGCGUGUGUAACUUUCUCCUUCAGAGCCAGAGAUUUUAGACAGGGGGGUCUUCUCUUCAGUGGUCCCCCAAUGAUGACCGUGAGGCAGAUGAGGGAAAAUUCAAACAGACUCUCACACUGGGCAAGGAGCAGCAAAGCCUCUCCCGGUGCUUUUCCCACAAACACCAGUGACGGCCAGGAGAGGGAGCAGCCUUGGAGGAAUUGGGAAUUUUGGCUGAGGUCACCAGCUCACAGAAACUGAGCAGAGCUCGCAGCAAAGGCACAGCCCUGAGUUCCUGCCCUGCUGCCUGUGCAGGGUUUGGGUCCAAGCCUUGCUCUGGGGCUUCAGCCCCUUCCUUUUAAUUAUUUGUGGGGGUUUUUUGUCACUUUUCCUUCAGAUUGCAGCAGGCACAGACACACAGAGACUUUUCCUCUGGAAAGCUGGUGCAGAAGAGUUGUUUUGAAGUCCUGAAAUAUGCCCUGGAAAUGCCCCUCUGUGCCCCCUCCACCCCAACCCUGCAGCUCAGAUUUUGCCCCCCUGGCUCUCCAAUCAUUAAAAUUCUAAAAUCAUUCAAAUCCUGA